UAAAAAAAAGGAAUAAAAUUGAAAAUAGAUCGAAAUGGACAAUGACGUUCAAGAGCACCAAGAGUGAUUAACACACCUCAACCGCAAUCCCAUCUUCAACCACAAUCAUCCCUCAACCAGAAUCCCACCGUCGAUCUCUUUCCCUUCAACCAUAACCAAUCCUCAACCACAAUCCCACCGUCAACCAUAACCUCACCGUCAGUUUCAGCCCCCCCCCCCACACCGCCAACCUCCAUUAUCCCCACAAACCCCACCAACCACCGUCAACCAAAAUCCUUGUCAACUACUACUCCCAAACAACUAACGUCAACCACAACCAGACAGAACUGCUACCCUAUCAACCCAUCAAUUCCCGUCAACCACAAGGAUGAUGAUGAUGGGUGGCUCCCCCUUGUGGUGGCUGGCUUUCCUGAUAAGUCUCCACGGCCCUACCACCCACGCCUACGACCCACCCGACACGCCCACCAUCCACGCCCACCACCCAUCUGUUUCACCCAACCAUCACAUCAACGCCCACUUUAAGAACCCAGAGUCGUUGGAGGCACAGAUGGCAGUGUUGGAGGUCAUGAGGGAGGACUGUGAGGUGAAGAUGAGGGAGGAGAGGAGGUUUUUGAAGCAGAUGAGGACAGGUGAGAUGGUGAGGGACACAAAUGAGGGGAUAGAUGCCGCCUACGAUGAUGCAGAAGAGUACAGAGUCGUCGAAAACAACACCAAACCCAGGACGAGAACUUCAGAUGAGCGAACAGAGAACAUCGAUGAUGCUAAAGAAAACGAAAUUACGGGUAGAGAAAAUGAGAAUCAAAUCAAUAUAGAAAAUGGGAUUCAGGUCAUCAGAGAAAAUGGAAACCAGGGCAUUAGAAAAAAUGGAAACCAGGGCAUUAGAAAAAAUGGAAACCAGAGCCUAAAAGAAAUCGGAAAGCAGGUUGUUAGAGAAAAUGGUAAUCAGAGCUUAAAGGAAGAUGGGUCUGUGGUCGCCUACUGUCCGACGACGUUCGACGACGUGUACUGCUGGCCACGGACACCUCCGGACACACUGGUCACUAUCCCGUGUCCGUCCUACGUCCAGGGCUUCCCACAUGGGAGCCAGGCGUCCCGGUACUGUACCUCACAGGGCACUUGGUUCCGGCUUGACGGAGGGAACAGUUCCUGGACCAACUACACCUUGUGCUCCCCCACCUAUGUUGUGGCCGAGAGUGUCAAUAUGACCCUCUAUAGGUGGCUGCCUGUAGUAAGGGUGGUGUCGUACGUCGGCUACAGUGUCUCCCUCGCCACAUUGAUCGUCGCCUUCACUGUACUCGCCUGUAUCAAACGCUUGCGAUGCCCGAGGAACACCCUACAUAUGCAUUUAUUCCUCUCCUUCAUCUGCCGGGCUGUGGGGGCUCUCACCAGGGACCAGCAACACGACCUUUUCCUCACGCCAGAGCCUUUACUGGAUGGCGGGACGUGGGGUUGUCGGCUGUUUACGGGCUUGUGGCAGUAUUUCAUCUUGGCUAACUACGCCUGGAUACUGAUGGAAGGACUCUAUCUACAUAACCUGAUCUUCCUGGCUCUGUUCACCGAUAACUCUGCCAUUACUCUCUACAUCGUUCUCGGCUGGGGACUGCCGCUGGUGCUGGUGCUGGGGUGGGUGACGGCGAGGAUGACGGCGGAGAACACUCUCUGCUGGUUCACUAACGAGAGGCCUUGGGUCUUUUGGACGUUCAUAAGAGGACCCAUAUCUACUUCCAUCGUGGUGAGCUUCGCACUCUUCCUCAACAUCGCCAGGGAGCUGCUGUUGAAGCUUAAGUCCUCCACCACACCUGAGAGUCGCAAGUACAGAUACAGACGGUGGGCGAGGUCGACGCUGGUGCUGGUGCCGCUGUUCGGGGUCCACUACGCGGCUCUCCUCGGCUUCACUUACUUCAUGGGCAAGAACCACACCAUCGAGCUCAUGUGGCUCGUUACUGACCAGUUCUUCGCCUCCUUUCAGGGUUUCUUUGUGGCGACACUGUAUUGUUUGCUGAACGCUGAGGUGAGGUCUGAGCUGAGGAAGAUCUGGCACCACUGGCGGAUGAACAAGGAGGCUGAGAAGAACAUGAACUUCCACUCUGCGUUCUCUCAGUCGAGGAGUUACUUCAGCCGCGGUACAGGCACCCUCAACACAGCUCCAUCAACAGGCCGCAAAAAGAACGGAUUCCUCACUGGCCGGGGUAACUCCUCUAGCUUGCUGGUGGCGGCGACCUCUAAUGUGAACGGCGCUACCACACGGGACAAAAACUGUCUCUCAGUCCAGGAUAAGUCUCUCUACGAUGACGUCAACAACCAGUCAGUGACUCUCAACCUGGCAGUGGUAGAGCUACAGCAGCCACCAGACCCUCACCACACUGACGCCUCCUCCACCACCCACCACACCUCCUCCUCCACCUGGCAAAACACACCACCCAAUGGAGGCGACCUGGAGUGUGCCCUCGUCCUCCAUCCACUCACCCACAACGCCCACGUUACCCAUGAGGCCACCCCACCAGCCCAGGACGCCAUUAGCUACGUCGAGGAUGGUCCCCAAACUUGCACCACUUCCACCCAGGAGUCUCGCGAAGACGUGGGUUCGGAUUCAAUGUUGGGAGAUCUUCCGCCUUCCUCCACUAUCAUUUACGACACGGCCGAGUCCUGUGAAGGUUCGCCGCUCCUGGCCAACGCCCCCCGCCUGGCUGAGAGCACCUUCUGAGACUCCUGCAGACGAUGCUGGGGAGUUGGGGUAGGGGACAAUAUAGUAUGUCGUACAGUAGCUACAGGUCCUGAUAAACGCUCGGAUUUGUUAUUUUUAGUUAAUAUAUUUUCUUUCGGAGACGUUUUCGAGUCGGUUCUUGAAACUUGACGAUCUGUGUGAGUGAAACUAAUGAAUGUGCUGAAAGAAAUGUUUUUUUUCUUUUAAUUACAGAACAAGUUAGGAGUUGAUUUUAUAGUAGUACAUGUAGUAUUAGUAUAUGUAGUAAACUGUAUUAUGUAUCCACUACAAUAGGUGCGUCAGGUAAUACAAUAAUUAGAUCGUGUAUUUCAAUGGUGCUUAAAAAAAUCGCUGUAUAUUUCUUGACUAUCUUGUACAGUUUUUAUAUAAGGACAACAAAGGUUAAUUUACUUCUUCAGGAACUCUGUGGGCGUCCUGCUGGAGUGUGUGUGUGUGUGUGGGGAAGGGAUUCAGUGUUAAGAGGAGACUACUGGACUCACACCAGGCACCUCACAUCAGCGUCAGUAGUAUUAGCGUGGUGCUUAUGACCGAUGCCCUGUUUACUAAAAUUUGGCUUAGCAAAAACUGCAUUAUAAUUCACCAUGAGACUUUACUAUGCUCGAGUGUUGAGUGUUAUAAUGAUGCUGACAUUAAGUGCUAUUUAUUUUUUGUUAUUGUUCCUGUGAGGCCUUGUGUCUGCGUGAGUGUUUGAUGUCAUUAAAGACUUAAGCUCCUUAAGUCUUUAAUUACAUCAGACACCGUUACAUAACUCUCAGAUAAUUAACCUGUCACGUGUAGCAGCGUAUUUGACCGAGUUAAUUGCUAACAUCUAUGACAUUUCAAAGAGACGAGGAAUUGGUCCUGUGUGCGGCGUUACAAUGUUGGUCCCGACAGAUGACGUUCCUAAACCCGUGUGUGUGUGUGGGGGGGGGGGCACUGUAAUUAAGUCACCUGUUUGAUAGGUGUGCGUUCCAGGUUUCACGUCAUGUCAUGGUGAAUAACCUCGAAUGAAUAAAUCCCACAAUGAAUGAGUAUUACAUCAGUGAAAUAUGAUAGGCAAUAAGAGUAAUUUCUGGAUAAAGGACCAAUCCCACUCACACUCUCGCGAACCUGUUUUGUUUGAUGAAGGUUUGACAAUAACAAUAUAGUUUACCUUUUGGAUGUCAGAGAGAGAGAGAGAGAGAGAGAGAGAGCACACAUCCACAAAAGGUAAACUGCCCUCCUCUUGAUUCUCUCAAGAAACUCGGAAAUAAAUAACCUUAUAAAAACAAGAUACACUCUAAGUUGGUUUCUUCUGUGAACAUUACUUAAGGUUCCGUUCCCGAGAGAGAGAGAGAGAGAGAGAGAGAGAGAGAGAGAGAGAGAGAGAGAGAGAGAGAGAGGCGUGUCUUAGGAAAUGAUAUGGAUAGGGAGAGCUAAGAAAACGUAUUUGAGAAGGAGAAGGAAGGGAGAGGAAGGAAUGACAAGAGUAUGAAGAAGGGAGAAUGACAAGAGAAAGACCAUUAAUACUGCAAAUAAUAAGAUGUCUUACCAAUGUCUAAAGCUCUCUCUGUCUAUCUCUCUUUAUUUCUCUCAUUCUCGAUCCAUCCAUCUAUCUCGCCAUAAUUUUUUAAAUCGAAGAACGCGUCAGUCAGAG